AUGACAUUUAAAGCAUCCAACAGAAGGACCUCUACAAACAAUAUCUUUGUAUGUUACAUUUUGAUAAGACUUAUAACAGCAGAUUCAACACUUGAACAUGGCAUUCACUCCAGUUUUGUACACAGAAGGUUACGAGGCCAAGAACGCAGAGAGAUCCAAAAAGAAAUUUUAUCUGUUUUGGGAUUGUCACAUAGACCAAGACCUCACUUACAUGAGAAACCUACAUCUGCUCCAACGUUCAUGAUGGAUUUGUACAAUUCAGUGAAUGUCAGAGAAGAAAAAAAUGCAGAGUUCUCUAUCUUUAAACAAUUUCUCAGAGAUAAUGAAAUUUCAGUUGUUGGUCCACAGGAGAACCACUUUCUUGCUGAUGCUGAUCUAGUAAUGAGUUUUGUAAAUCUGCUUGAGAAUGACACUGAAGUUUGUCACCAAUGCUACAGUAAGGAACUGAGAUUUAAUCUUGCAGACAUACCUGUUGGGGAACAAUUGACAGCAGCCGAGCUAAGAAUAUUUAAAAAUCAAAUCCCCUAUAAUGAAACCUACCAGAUAAGUGUCUACCAAGUGAUUGAAGAAAACACAAGUAAGUUACUGAAGCUUGAUACUCAAAUUAUCUAUGGAUCAGACAUUGGAUGGUUGACAUUUGACAUUACUUCAACUAGUAAUGCUUGGGUUGUGAAUCCACAGUACAGUCUUGGCCUGCAAUUGAUGGUUGAGACUAUAGACCACAGAAGAAUUCAACCAGGAUUUGUAGGUCUAGUUGGCCGAAGUGGUCCACAGGAGAAGCAGCCAUUUAUUGUGGCAUUUUUUAGAUCUGAAACGAACCACCUCCGUAGUGUCAGGUCUACCAGUGGAAAACAUUGGAAUCUGGAGAAGGCCAAGGCAUCAAAAGAGCAAGGAGAACUUCCAAUUGGUAAUCUCACCGAGAGUUUUAUGAGCAGCAGCAGCACUAAUGCUGGCCGGCGUUUCUUGAAACAGGCAUGUAAGAAGCAUGAACUAUAUGUAAGUUUCCGUGAUCUUGGUUGGCAAGAUUGGAUCAUUGCUCCAGAAGGCUAUGCUGCAUAUUACUGUGAUGGAGAAUGUGCUUUUCCACUGAAUUCUUACAUGAAUGCCACUAAUCAUGCAAUUGUCCAAACUUUAGUUCACUUUAUUAAUCCAGACACUGUUCCUAAACCUUGCUGUGCCCCUAGAGAACUCCAAGGAAUAUCAGUGUUGUAUUUUGAUGAUGGUGCCAAUGUUAUACUAAAGUCAUAUAGAAACAUGGUGGUUGCAUCCUGUGGCUGCCACUAG